AUGUCUAAACUACAGCUGCUUAAUGUGUUUCUCAACGAAAAAUUAACCGCAGUUCCUUUGGAAUUAUCCGUGGUUAUUAAAAAAACGAUAGCAGAGUACCAGGAAGAAAUCUCCCGUUUGAAACGGGCGAAUGCACGUUUACGAAGACUGCUGGAUUUGGUUUUCAAACCGGAGGUAAAGGUGCAUAGAUUAGCAGGUUUGUGACUAGUCUCGCUAAAUUACAUACAUUUUGCAUUGCCUAAUUUGAAUGCGAAAGGCUUUGUUACACGCAUCGCCAUAUAGGCCUACUGCGAAAAUACUUUGGAGACAGUAAUUUAAAAGGUGCUACACAGGAAUGUUUGAUUUUUGUAUUGUAAUUUCAGAAAAUAACCAGGUUUACAUCCAAACUUUUAAUGCGAGUAAAGUACAUGUCAGAUAAAAAAAUAUGUUCGGUGAACUUUGUAAACGUCUAUAAAGCAAAAUACGCUAGACAAAGUGGGAUUUUUUUUUGUGUGGGUAAAAUGAAUUAUGCGACAAAUGUCGGUGGAAAAGAUGUUAUGCUUGGAGUCAGUCACGCGACGACGUGUGGUUCUCCCACUAUGACUGGUCGGGAAAGCAUGCAGUUUAUUAGGCUACAGAUGAAAUACAUUAUGAUUACUGCAUUGUUGGGUUUAGAACUUGCAAAAAAGGCAUUUCACUGUACUUGUGCAUGUGACAUUAACUUGAAAUGUCGGCGGUGAAAGUGCAAGGUGGUGAGCUUGAUGCUCCUUUCCAAUAAAUCGAGGUGUGACUUUCCAAUAUUCUGGUGACAUGAUCAUCAAUGCUUGGCUGCCAUUUGACAAAUUAAAAAUAAACUUGCUCUUUUGUCAGUAAUCUCAUGUAGGCUAUAUGUGUACUCUAGCCAACAGGCUAUCUGCCCACACUGUAUCUGCGAGCUGUUGCCUAGACCACAAGUGGCAAUACCAGAGUGGGCACACUAGCUAUUUAAAUCAACAUUUUUUUGUGAGAAAACCAUCAGUAGAGUUAAAUGUGAUGGAAACCCAUUUAACUUGUAUUUUUUUAUUCGGUACAUGGGAAAUUAACCGCAAAAGGGUAUUUUUUGAUGUGUACUACGUCAUUACGCACAGCCAUUUAUCAGCAACCAGAGUAUAUGAGCGGAGUUGAGCGGUCAAAAAUCAUGCUCAUCACCUCAUGGAGCAGUGCUUGCUGCUCAGGCGCUCCACAUCCUUUCCAAACGACUCCGCUAAAAACUGCUCCGUGCUCACAGGGGAAAAAAACUGCCUCUCCAAAUUCGCUCCAUUCAUUAAAAUCACAAUUUAACCAACACCCAUCUAUUUUUGUGACUACCUGGACCUACCAUUUUGGUUUUGAAGUAUUGAAACCAAACCAUAUGAUUUGAAUGAAAAGUAUUUUAAUAAACAUGAAAAGGUGAACGUAAGAAGCACUCAUCAUUUCAAAUAGGCUACAUGUCAUUUCAAAUAGGCUACAUUUUCUUUAAGGAAUACCUGGGAUAGGAUAAAGGAAUCCUUCUACCCCCCCCCCCCCCCCCAAUUGUAAAGUGGUUAUCCCACUGGCUAUAGGGUGAACGCACCAAUUUGUGAGUCGCUCUGGCUAAGAGCGUCUGCUAAAUGACGUUAAUGUGCCCUUGAGCAAGGCACUUAACCCUAAUUGCUCCUGUAAGUCGCUCUGGAUAAGAGCGUCUGCUAAAUGACUAAAAUGUAAAUGUAAAUGUAAACAGCAUAUAAACACUAAAUAGGUCAGGAGUCAGACAAGGAGCCUAAGAAGGAACGAAAAUGAAUUAUUUAGGCUAUAUUAUUUCAAUUAUUUCAAGGCUAUAGCCUACAAAGAAAUACAUUGUGAAGCAUUUGCGAGUGGGACACACUAGGCUGGCAGGGACAUAAAACGCUCAGCAUUUAAACAACAUUUCGUUGUAUUUAAUCAUUAUAGUCUAUAAAUUACACAUAUAGGCUGUGACUUACUUAGAAUUAAAUACAAAUUAAACGAAAAAUGCCUUAUUUGGCAUAGAAACACGAGUUUGGCCUGUCUGUGGCUUCAGGUUCAUGUGAUGAUGCCUGGAGAACAUAUCCUCUCCGCGCUUGCAGAGCUACUGGGGAAGCUAAACACCUUUUGGCCCCUCUUGCAAGGCUGGGCAGAGAUUUUAUAUAUAUAUACACUACCGUUCAAAAGUUUGGGGUCACUUAGAAAUGUCAUUGUUUUCGAAAGAAAAGCAAAUUUUUUUGUCCAUUUUAAAAUAACAAAUUGAUCAGAAAUACAGUGUAGACAUUGUUAAUUUUGUAAAUGGCUAUUGUAGCUGGAAACGGCUGAUUUAAAAAAUAAAUAAAUGGAAUAUCUACAUGGGCGUACAGAGGCCCAUUAUCAGCAACCAUCAGUCCUGUGUUCCAAUGGCACGUUGUGUUUGCUAAUCCAAGUUUAUCAUUUUAAAAGGCUGAUUGAUCAUUAGAAAACCCUUUUGCUAUUAUAUUAGCACAGCUGAAAACUGUUGUGCUGAUUUAAAGAAGCAAUACAACUGGCCUUCUUGAGACUAGUUGAGUAUCUGGAGCAUCAGCAAUUGUGGGUUCGAUUACAGGCUCAAAAUGGCCAGAAACAAAUAACUUUCUUCUGAAACUCAUCAGUCUAUUCUUGUUCUGAGAAAUGAAGGCUAUUCCAUGCGAGAAAUUGCCAAGAAACUGAAGAUCUCAUGCAAUGCUGUGUACUACUCCCUUCACAGAACAGCGCAAACUGUCUCUAACCAGAAUAGAAAGAGGAGUGAGAGGCACUGGUGCACAACUGAGCAAAAGGACAAAUACAUUAGUGUCUAGUUUGAGAAACAGACGCCUCACAGGUCCUCAACUGGCAGCUUCAUUAAAUAGUACCCGCAAAACACCAGUCUCAACGUCAACAGUGAAGAGGCGACUCUGGGAUGCUGACCUUCUAGGCAGAGUUGCAAAGAAAAAACUGUAUCUCAGACUGGCCAAUAAAAAUAAUAGAUUAAGAUGGGCAGUUUGAGAUAUACAGUGGGGAGAACAAGUAUUUGAUACACUGCCGAUUUUGCAGGUUUUCCUACUUACAAAGCAUGUAGAGGUCUGUAAUUUUUAUCAUAGGUACACUUCAACUGUGAGAGACGGAAUCUAAAACAAAAAUCCAGAAAAUCACAUUUGUAUGAUUUUUAAGUAAUUAAUUUGCAUUUUAUUACAUUACAUAAGUAUUUGAUCACCUACCAACCAGUAAGAAUUCCGGCUCUCACAGACCUGUUAGUUUUUCUUUAAGAAGCCCUCCUGUUCUCCACUCAUUACCUGUAUUAACUGCACCUGUUUGAACUCGUUACCUGUAUAAAAGACACCUGUCCACACACUCAAUCAAACAGACUCCAACCUCUCCACAAUGGCCAAGACCAGAGAGCUGUGUUAGGACAUCUCACUAUAGUCAAAUUGGGCAAGCUCUGCUCCGCUCACAUACUCUGUCUGCAACAAGUCAAUUUGAUGGAAAUAUCUGUGGUGGGAAAAUGCGCAUAUUGUUUUUAUACGGAUUUGAGAAUAUUCACAUGAAAAUCUGUCACCUAUUGAAUGGAAACCUAGCUUUUGUUGAUAUGAUAAUAUAUCUGGCGCUAAUAGUGGAAUGAUAGUGUUUCACAGUAUUACUUACCUGCAAGUGGUGUGGUUGGCUGUGGGACCUCUGUGAUAUUCGCCUAUUGAUUUCUCCCGCCGGAGUGGCAUCUGUUGUCAAACUGGGAAAGCUGUUCUGAAUUUGUCUAGUGGAAAUAGCUCAUUUCCUGGUUGCUAAAAUUCUACACUGUUCGCUCAGUUUCAGUUUAUGUGAGAAAACAACUGAAUAGUGUAGAAUCAUUGUACCAUCUAAAUCGCUGUGAAAUAUAUUUUCAAUAACUGCAAAUAUCGUUUUAACAGCUGUUUGAAGCUGGUGGGCCAAAACCGAAAGUAACUUUAGUUUUGUUCCACUAGCUUCAAAACCGCUAUUAAAAACUAAAUAUAUUUUUGUAGCGAUUUAGAUGGUACAAUGAUUCCCUACACUAUCCAGUGCUUGUUUUCUCACCAUAAACUGAAAUUGAGCGAACAUUCUAGAAUUUUAGUAUCCAGGAAAUGACAGAGCGAUAUCCACUAGAUAACACAGCCACAAAGUCAGAACAGCAGAUAUAUUAUGGACAUUUUAUAAAAUUACAAUGUAAAAAUUCAAACAAAAAAUCCUAUGUGUAGCACCUUUUUUUUUAUUUAGCUCAUAUGAAGGGUUUUCUAGAAGGGAUACAGCUUUUGUCAAAAUUUACUUUUCGUAGCUGGUUAGGAGAAUUUACGCAGUAGGUUAGGAGAAUUAACGUAGCAGGUUAGGUUUAGCUAAAAUGCUACAUUUUCAACUUUUGAUAUCAAUUCUGACAAAAGCUAUACAAUCUAGAAAUGACCCAUAUAUGGUAGCUAAGCAAUGUGUAUACAUGGUAAUUUAUCUAGCUAGUAGCUACAGACUGAACAUCCACUAGUGGUCACUAUUUACCAGGUUUUUUUGACAAAUCAUCGCCUUAUUUAGUAUUUAGUUAAGUAGUAGCCCUAUUUCUGGUCUCUUGUCAAUUUCAGCCUUUCUCCUUCCCUCCAGACCUCCAGCAGCUGACUAUAACUGAAGAGAGGGUUAACCAUGAGGAGCAGCACUGUGAGCAGGAAUGGAGCCCCGGUCUGGGCCCUGGGCCGGUGGAGUCUGAUGCCGAAGAGUUUAUAUGGGACUCUUUCAACAUCAUGUCUGAAUCCGAUGGCGAGAACCAAACAGAAUCUGAUGGAGAGAGCUACAUUGAGUCUGAAUCAACCAGUGACUAUCAGCCCCCCUCUGAAGUCAAUCCGGGGAGUGACGACAAUGAAAUUGAUAAAGGAAAAGCAGAUGGAGUGGGGAAUAGAAUAAGGCCUCUCGAAUCAAAGAGAGGAAGAGGACGGCCAAGGAAACAUGCCAGUGAGUUGCCUGAGCUGAUAUGUGAAGUCUGCGGAAAACGCUUGGCGACAGCACAUGGUUUGAGAAGGCAUCGGCAACUCCGGCACAGUGAAGAGAGGCCGUACACGUGCGACACAUGUGGACAAUCUUUCGCCAUGAACUUCUACCUGAGGAAGCACAUGAAGAUUCACAUGGGGGAGAGGCAGCAGUGCUGCACCGACUGUGGCAAACGUUUCUUUCACAAAGAAAGCCUAAAGAUGCAUAUGCUUCAUAUUCAUACAGGGCUGGUUUUUACAUGUGACGUUUGUGGGAAAAGUUUGUCGUCAAAAGCAAGUCUGAAACUGCAUAUGAGGACUCACACUGGGGAGAAACCACAUCGCUGCAACGAAUGUGACAGAUGCUUCAGCAUUAAGGAUAGCCUGACAAAGCAUAUGAGGACUCACACAAAGGAGAAACCACAUCGCUGCAACGAAUGUGACAGAUGCUUCAGUGUGAAGGGAAACCUGACAGUGCACAUGAGAACUCACACUGGGGAGGGAGUUCAAUGUCAUUUGUGUGGAACUCACUUGAAGUUAGCAUCAAGUCUGAAAAGACAUCUGCGAACUCACAGAAGGAAUAUUCACAGUUGCUGAGAAUAUGUAAGAAUGCCUUUUUAUGCAGGGGUUAAAUUGGGCCGGGUACCGCCUGGUCCGAGACCCGGCACCUACGAUCCAAAUGAGAGCCAGGCGGAGCUGAGCCCCGAUACCUUUGGUUAU